GCCCCUAUCCUGCGUCCGGCCUUCGUCCCCCAUGUGCUACAGAGAGCAGCAGGUGGCCCCCGCCCUAUGGCCCUGCGGCCCCCUCACCAGGCCCUCGUGGGCCCCCCUCUGCCUGGGCCUCCUGGACCACCCAUGAUGCUGCCGCCAAUGGCUCGGGCCCCAGGGCCCCCCCUGGGCUCCAUGGCUGCUCUGAGGCCCCCUCUGGAAGAGCCAGCAGCACCCCGAGAGCUGGGCCUGGGCCUGGGCUUGGGCCUGAAGGAGAAGGAAGAGGCGGUGGUGGCAGCGGCGGCCGGGCUGGAGGAGGCUAGUGCAGCAGUGGCUGUGGGAGCAGGAGGGGCCCCGACAGGCCCUGCAGUCAUUGGGCCCAGCCUGCCACUGGCCCUGGCCAUGCCGUUGCCCGAGCCUGAGCCCCUGCCCCUCCCGUUGGAGGUAGUACGUGGCCUGCUGCCCCCGCUGCGCAUUCCCGAGCUCCUGUCCCUGCGUCCACGGCCCCGGCCCCCCCGGCCUGAGCCACCCCCUGGCCUCAUGGCUCUUGAGGUCCCAGAGCCCCUGGGUGAAGACAAGAAGAAGGGGAAGCCAGAGAAAUUGAAACGCUGCAUUCGCACGGCAGCUGGGAGCAGCUGGGAGGACCCCAGCCUGCUGGAAUGGGACGCGGAUGACUUCCGGAUCUUCUGUGGGGAUCUGGGCAAUGAAGUGAACGAUGACAUCUUGGCACGCGCCUUCAGCCGCUUCCCAUCCUUCCUUAAGGCUAAGGUGAUCCGUGACAAGCGCACAGGCAAGACCAAGGGCUACGGUUUCGUCAGCUUCAAGGACCCCAGUGAUUACGUGCGCGCCAUGCGUGAGAUGAAUGGGAAGUAUGUGGGCUCACGCCCCAUCAAGCUCCGCAAGAGCAUGUGGAAGGACCGGAAUCUGGACGUGGUCCGCAAGAAGCAGAAGGAAAAGAAGAAGCUGGGCCUGAGAUAGGGUCUGUGGCUGGGCACCCGCUCCCAUCCGGCCGGGCGCUGGCUCCUCCCCACAGCUCUCUUCACAAAACCCCCAACUAUCCACCCACCUGCCUCAAAACCAGUUUCAAUAAAUUUAUGUUCAUUUCCA